AGGCGAGCUAGGUUUGCCGAACUGAAGAGCCCAAGGGCCCUUUGGAGAUAAAAAUAUAUAUUCUAGUCCCUUCUCUCUCUCUCUCUCUCUCUCUAUAGUUUCUCUCUCUAGAAGCUUUCAUGGGGACGUCAUCGAGAAGAUCGAGUGGACCGGUUCUACCGAUCGCAUCGACUUUCCGACGAGCAAUCUCUCCCUCCGGUCGAUUCUCGUCGUCGUCACUGUCCGAUACAUGCUCGUCGUUUGCUUCGUCGACAAGCUCUAGCUUCUGCUCCUCUCCGUCGAGCAGUUUCUUCCACCGAUCCGCUUCUCCGACGCGCGUGAACCUCCAUGGAUUCUCGUCGACGUCGCCGUCCGUUCGAUUCUCGAUCGACAGAUCCAAAUCGCCCAGCCGUUCGAUAACCGUCACUCCGCGAGAUCAGAUCGGCCGUAAACAGAGCAACGGCCGUCUGCCGUCGAUGCCGAAGAAGACUUGUAUGUGUUCGCCUACGACGCAUCCAGGCUCGUUCCGGUGCAGUCUACACAAAAAUUGCAACAACAAUCAGUCGACUACGUACUCGGCGAAUCGAUUGAACGCUAGGAGAUCGGCGAUGACGAACUCUCUGGUUCGAAUUGGAGCUGUUGAAGGUGAUUGGGUGAAGCGUGCACUAGCGGCUCUGAUUCGGCCUUCGUCGCAUCAGCAGAGGCGUAGGGCGGCGUUCCAGCCGAGGCCGAGUCGGCUUUCGAUCAUGUCGAAAGCCGACGAUCUUUGAUUUUUGUCUCUUCACAGGUUGGUCCUUUUAUUAACGUUUUUCUUAUAGAGCUUGCGGCGGAGGAAGAAGUCAGAUCCCGGCGAAGAUGUCAGUUUCCGGCGAGUUUGGUUGCAGUUUUUGUAUCACAGCCACUCAAAACCCUUAUCCCCCCUUGUACAUAUGAUUCUAAGCAAUAUUGAUUGCAAUUGAAGGACAAUUUUGGACCA